GUCCCGCCUCCCUGCAAAGAGGUUGACUUGUUCUAUCUUGUAAAUAAAUCUAUAUGGAGGAUCAUCUUUCCUCUCGGAAGUACAAUCCUCCUUGUCUCCUGUCCCUGUUUAUCCCUGAAUAUACAGCACAGUUUGUAAUGACAGUGUAACCCUCAUCCCUCCUCCUGCUGCACCAUGGCGCCCGGAACAGUUGGUGAAAAUCAGCUCCAGAGGAUAAUCAGAGAUCUGCAGGAUGCGGUUACUGAGUUGACCAAGGAGCAUGCAGAGAGUGGAGAACCUAUUACUGAUGACAGCCCCAGUCUUCACAAGUUCUCCUCCAAACUGGAAUACCUCCUGCAAUUUGACCUGAAAGAGAAAUCUACUUUUAUGGGCAGUAGGAAAGACUACUGGGACUAUUUCUGUGAUUGCUUGGCCAAGAACAAAGGGACUAAUGAUGGUAUUCGCUUUGUCAAAUCCAUCUCCGAGCUAAAGACGUCGCUGGGUAAAGGUCGAGCCUUCGUCCGUUACUGUCUGGUGCACCAGAGGCUGGCCGACACCCUCCAGCAAUGCCUGAUGAACCAGAGAGUCACAUGUGACUGGUACUACGCCCGCAGUCCUUUCCUGAAGUCCCAUCUCAAUGUCGACAUCAUCAAUCACCUGUACGAGCUGAACGAGAUCCAGUUCGAUGUGGCGUCCAGAGGAUACGACUUGGACUCCGAGUGGCCUACCUUUGCCAGGAGAACAGUGGCAUCAGCAGUGCCAGGUGCCCACAUGUGGAGACCUCCCAGCCGCUGCUCUAGUGUCAACAGUAUCGUCAGCAGCUUCCCGCAGCAAGUGCCGGAUUUUCUCCCAGGGGCAGAUUUGGACCUUGGAGAACUCGGAGAACUCUCUUGUAGUGCUGAGGAUGACCUGCGGGUCGAACUUGACCAGUCAGAGUUACGACAACAACGACUUCAAGAGCAGGUUCACCGGCUUACUGGAGAAGCAUCCGAAUUAAAGCAGGAGGUUGCUGAUCUCCAAGUGAAGCUACUUGCUGCUGAAAAGGCACCCAGUCUAGAGGCUAAAGUGGAGAGGGCCGAGGACUGGCCAAAGGAGGAUGAGAAGGAAAGAACUGUUGCGAUGCAGCAGGUUGAUGAGCUCCAAGCGACGGUCCAUCGCCUCAAAGAGGCACUGUCUUUAAAAGAGCAGGAGUCAAAGGACAUGCAACGCUCACUGCAAGAAAGAGUCGAUCAGCUCGAGGAGGUAAAAAAGAAAGCACAGUUUCAGCUUGAUGAGCUUCAACAGCAAAACCACAAAUCAAAGGAGGCCCUAGAUACGCAGGUUGCAUCACUGCAGGAGCAGUUGAAAGCAAAGGAAAUCAAGCUCUCGAUCAGCACUCAGAAGAUCCACCAGUUAGAAAACCAAAGUCUGGAAAGCCAGAGCAAGAAGCUGGACGAGUACAAGUCUCAGUGUGUCAGCUUAAUGGAGAUAAAUGCCAAGUUGGUUAGUACGGUAAAGAGGAGCGAGGAAAGCAACAAGGAGCUGGCAAAUUCCAAAGCUGCUCUGGAGAGAGAACUGACCUCUUUGAAAGCCUUUGAGAAGCAAAGCAAGGACAAGUUGGCUUCCACUGGGUGUUCAGUGGUGGAGAGUGAGAAGUUGUUUUUUGAGGAAAGCCAGCAUCUUAAGGAGAAAACCCAGAAAGCUGAGGCUAGUAUAAAAGAGGGUCAUGGACCAAGUCCCAAGGAAAGCAAGAAAGUAUUUCACCAAGAACAAACUAAGCAGACAGAUCUUGGUAAAGAUCUCGACCUAACCCAGCACUCUGAAACUGGAGAAUCAGCUUCUAGACUAGCAUUAGCUGAAGCCCAACUAGACCUAAACAUGAAGGAGGUCUCCAGGCUCCAGGAGGAAGUUGUCAGUCUUCAAGCCCAGCUCCAAAGGACUAUAGAAGAUAGGAUGAAGAUCCAAGCUUUGCAGGAGGUGACUGAGGCCUCCAGGGCUGAUCUUAGUGCUCAGACUGAGCAGCUCAAGUCUCAGGUUGAGCAUCUAAAUCGUCAAAAUGUAGAUGAGCUCCUGCAUUGUAAGGAAAAGGAGGAGGUACUGAAGAAGCAAUUAGAUUAUGAAACCCAGGCUUAUGCCAACCUACAGACCGAGGUGAACUGCAUGAGGGAGGAGCUGGAUGGGCUGAGGAUGCAGAGUAGCGCCCUUGUCCUGAAGAACGAAGAGGCAAAAGAGUCCCUUCACAGAGCCAACACUGAAAUCGCAGAGCUGGGUAUCCAAGUGUGUACCCUGACCAGGCAGAACGAAGAGGCAAAGUUGUUCUGUGAAGAACUCUCAACCAAACUGCAGAAGCUGCAAGGGCAGAAGAAGUGCUCGCAGACCCUCAGCGACUCUUUGGAGACCCUGAAGAAAGACAACUCUCAACUCCAAGAGAAGGUGAAAGAAGCAGAGGGUCUCACAAUCGCCAUGAAAGAACUCCAGAAGAGACUUGAGGGGUCGCAGGAAGACACCAGGAACUUGCGGAAAAGCAACCAGAGAGAGCUCAGUGCUCUUCGGCUUCAGCUGAGUGAGGCAACCACGACCCACCAAAACCAGAUGAAGGUUUUGAACGAGGAACUUCUGGGCACAAGGUCUCAGGUGGAAAAAGAGAAGGAAAAAGUGUCAGCCCUGGAGAGCAGACUGGCAGAACUUGAGGCCACUAACACCAGCCACAGUGAGACACUCGAUGAGACAAAGGCCUGCAUUGCUAAAUCUGAGGUGCUGCUUCAGCAGAAAGAGGAACAGCUCCAGCAAACACAGAGCGAUUUGGCCAUGGCUCAGGAGGAACUUGCGCUUAAACAGAAAUCCUGUCAGGACCUGAGCGAGAACCUGCGCAGGAUGGUCUUGGAAAAGGAGUCGAGUGAUCUCAAGACGUCUGCAGAGAUAGACGAUCUUUAUCGCACAAAGAGAAACCUGGAGGAAAGACUUAUCGAGCUUAUUCGGGAGAAAGAUGUUCUGUGGCAGAAAUCAGACGCUUUGGAGUUUGAACAGAGGCUGAGAGCUGAGGAGCACUCGGGCCGAGAGCUUCCUUAUUGCGCCGAUUGUCGCACCCAGUUCAGCUGGUGGAUCCACAGAUACACCUGCAAGCUGUGCGGUCGGCCGUUUUGCUAUUCCUGCUGCAGUAACACAGUGAGCAGCCAGCAGGGCGGCGCUAGAGAGCGUUGCUGCAAAGACUGUUACACACGACACGCCGAAGCAGAGGAACUUGGAAGUCCGUCUCGGGGGUCAUACAGCCCCCUGUGUUCGACCCCCACCAGGGCCUCUAUGCCCAGUGUCACAGUGGCACCGCAGUCUUUCAGGCCAGACGACGCAGCGUUCGACAUCAUCACAGACGAGGAGGUGAACUGCGUAUACGAGGGCGACUCGCUGCUCUACACCACUGCUCUGUCUCCAGGAAGCGGGCAGCAUGGGAUCCACGAGAUCAGCAGCAGUACGAGCGGCGGUGACCUCACACCGGACGAGUCGGAGGAGCUGCCGAGCUCGGUGCAGGACGCAGAGAUCUGCCUGCUCAAGUCUGGAGAAGUCACGCAGACGGUGCCGGUGGGCCUGGAGGAGAUCUCCAACUCACGUCAGGAGUUCAGCGAACUCUUCAUCAAGUCGAGCUGCUACAGUGUCAUUCUCAUCACCGUGGUUACCGCUGGACCCACCAUCAGCUGGGUGUUUUCUUCUUCACCAAAGAGCAUCUCGUUCAGCGUGGUGUACAGAGAGAGCACAGAUAUUCCACUGGAGCAGGCCAAGGUCCUGAUCCCCUUAACCAGGUGUAACUCCCACAAGGAGACGAUCCAGGGCCAGGUGAAAGCCCGCAACCCCGGACAGUACUCGCUUAUCUUCGACAACUCGUUCUCCAGGUUCAUCUCGAAAAAGGUGCAGUACAAACUGAGCGUAGAGCAGACGGUCGUCUACGAUGGCAGCGAGUGACCGCGGAACAGGGCAGCACUCGUCAGACGCACAUCCGCCCGUCUGUCUGUCUGUCUCUCUGUCUGUCUGGGUGAAGAGACUCCUGGUGAAAAUGAAGAGUUAUAGAAUUGCUUUAGCGUUUUCAGGACGGCUAAUCUAGCUUCCGUACGGCCAAAUUAAAGCGAGACGCGAGAGAAGGCGCAACGAGGGUGCACUACAAACCAUGAUGCGCUUCAGAUAUUUAGUAUAGCGCUAUAUUUUAAACCCAAAUCUAUUUUUCACAUUCUAUACGACCGAUUCACGCGCAGACGGAACGUCCCGAGUGUUUCGAAGAGCUUUCUGUUUUAUUUACGCUCGAAAAUAAAGACUCUCCUCACACUAAAAUAACGCUACAGAGAGUCUAUGCACAGAAAGGUUAAUGACGGCACAAGCUUUUUGUCUUUUUUUUUUUUUUAUCAGACAGCACAAACACUCCGACUCGUUAUCUCAAAACGGCGGUUCCGCAGGUUUUCUCGAGCACCUCCGAGCGAUUGCGUGCAUCCCCGAGACGAGCUGCGGAAUCGUACCGAGCACAAGCACGUUAUAAUAAAGUCACUUUUUUAUUUAUUUAUUUAUUAUUAUUAUUAUUUUUUUUUUUUUUUGCCGUUUUAGUGCCAUGUAAAAAAUCUAAAAUUGUGGGAAUAAAGUCAUAAUGUUUUGAGGAAAAAAAAGUCAUAGCAGUACGAGAAUAAAGUCGAAAUUGCAAGAUUAACAUCGUUGCAAUAUGGGAAGUCGUAAUAUUUUCAGAAGACAAGAAUAAAGUCAUAAUAUCUUGAGAGAAUAGUCAAAUUUACGAGCGUAAAGGUCAUAGCAGUCCGAGAAUAAAGUCGAAAUUACGAGAAUAAAAUUGCAGCGAUAUGAAAAUAGUCGUAUUGGUUUGAGAAUGAAGUCAGAAUUACGAGAAUAAAGUUGGAAUAUUUUGAGAAAAAAAAGUACAAAUAAAACAGUAACAGUAGGAGAAUAAAGUCUAAAUUACCAGAAUUAUAUACGAGAAUAAAUUUUUAAGUAUAAAGUGUAACUUAUGAGAAUUAAUUGGGGCAAUACAAGAAUAAAAUCAUUAUAGUUUGAGAAAAAAGUCACAGUACUACGAGAAUAAAGUCGCAGUAUUUUUUUUAAGAAAAUUAUGAAAAGCCAUAAGAAGAUUCUGUAAGUACACAGAGCUGAAAUACUGUAUUCUUACAGGGAGCACUUUUCUUUACAAACAGCCACUUAUUUAGGGAGAACAGAUUUGUGUUUGCCAUGAAUUUCUGGAGAAGAGAACCUCAGAACUGGGCGAACGCCACAAAUGCCACUUUAUGUGGAUUUUCCAUGUUAAUUUUAUGCAAAACAGUGAAAUGUUUCUCGUAAAUUCUGUAUUUUUUUUUCUCAAAUGUUACCACUUUAUACGCGUUAUAUUGCUACGACUUUAUUCAGAAAAUGUUUACUUUUGUCUCAAAAUAUUUAGAAUUUUUUUUUUUUUUUUAUUACUACGACUUUUUCUCGAAAUUUCGAUUUUAUUCUCAAAAUAUUUUGAAUUUUUUUUCUGGUAUUACUACGACUUUUUUUCGAAAUUUUUUUUUUUAUUUUUUUUUUAAAUAUUUUGACUUUUUUUCUGGUAUUGCUACGACUUUAUUCUUGAGAUUUUUACCUUAUUCUUAAAAUAAUUAGACUUUUCCUAAUGAUAGAUUUUCUUAUUUUUUUAACGUGGCACUAAAACACUAUCGUACAUUUCGGUUCCGCUGAUGUGAGGAGGAUAUUAUUAUUAUUAUAAUAUUAAAUAUCUGCUUUGCUGCUUUGGAUCCAAAUGAAACCCCCUCAAGAUCUGUAACUCGGUGAGCCGAACCAAGUCGGACCCGAAAUUAUUUUAUUAUUAUUACUAUAGACGAUGAUUUCUACUCAUGAGUUUUCGAAUCAAACUUCAACGUUUCACAGUUUUUAAUCUUAGAGGUGUUUGGUGCACGACAUGUACACGCUUGUAGUUUUGCACUGUAGCUCGAAGGCUAACGAAAGACUCGCACGCAAAUUUUUUCAGGAAUCGUUUUUAAAAAUCGUUUAUAAUCGACGCUGAACGUGUGGAAAAUUCCCUGCGGGUUUGUAGAACAGUUUGCAUUAGGCUCCGCCCAUAAAACUCCAUAUACGUCUAAACUCACUGAGGUAAAAAAUUCUUUCAGUGUUUUUUAGGCUACUCUUUUUUUCCGUAAUUGAAAAUCCAGUCUGGUUUAUUUUAACUGAAUAGAUUUUUAGUAUUUAAUUAGGAUUUUUAAAAGCGAUUUUAAGCUUUUGGUGGAGAUUUGGAGUUCUUCUCCAUUCAACAGUUUUACAAUAGAUUUGUUCGAUUAUUUCGGCUCGGUCAGGAAGCGUUCUCAUUCCUUAAUUUAAAUUUCCUAAAUUUAUACAUUUCUAAAUGUCCCCAGAAAUCUUUCUGACAGAAAUGUUUUUUUGUUUUGGUUUUGGUGAGCAAUCCCUAGAUGAUGAUGUUGAAGAAAAUCUUUCUCAAAUAACACAAAGAAACCAAUAGUAACUCAACAGUAGCACAAAACGACAUGAUUGUCGUUGACGUGGAAACUCUGAGAGGCGGAGUCUGUGGGGGGCGUGUCCAAGAUGGCUGCUCAUAUAACAUUUAUAUCCUUCUUUUUAGGGUUAAUGCCUGAAUCACAUCAGAACGUGUGUAGAUUUAUAUUAUGUGGACUAAAGUUUGUGGACACUUGAGCGUAAAAUUUGGUAUAUUUUUCGAACAAAUCUUCCAUUUUUAGUUCCCGUUGUUCGAAUAUCCUCCAGUCUUUUGGGAAAAUGUGGAUUUUGUGGAGAUUUGUGCUCCUUCUGAUACUGAUGUAGCCUGAGGUGCACUAUAGAGCUCUGUAAUAGGAGAUCUUCCACAAACAUUUCCUCCCACAUCCAAAGACGUCCAAUACAAAUGCGUGCCUUCAACUCUGUGGUAAAAAGUUUGAGAUGGAAGCACAUAUAGCUGGAAAAGUCAGGCGUCCCAAUCAUUUUGUCCGUAUAGUGUAUUUUACCGAGACGGAUCUGUGUUUGCGAGAGUAGUUUUGCACCAGUGUACCGAGUUUGGAUCUUUUCUCCAAUCCUUUCCUUCUGUUACUUUUUCAGAAAUGCACUUUUCCAACUGUUUUUUUUUUAUUUUUAUCAAUACGUUUACUGACCUUUUAAAAUGACACUGGGAUUAAAUACACAGGGCUGCUGAUUACACGUGGAACGCGUUUUUCUUUUACGGCGCGGUCACGUGACUGUAAUAAAUCGAACCGAUUGGGAAUAA